UUCUCCAUCCUUAAAUUUCAAAGUAUCAUAACUAAGCUUGGCUACAAAAAAGAAAAAUGGGUUCCAAGGCAUUUCUGUUUCUUGGCCUUUGUUUGGCCAUUUUUAUAAUGAUAAGCUCUGAGGUUUUAGCUAGGGAGUUGUCUGAGACUUCCACCACUUCAGAAGAGGACUCAAAGAAAUCCGAUAACAAGAAUGAAGUGCAUGAAGCUCAAUAUGGUGGCGGAUACCCCGGUGGUGGCUACCCUGGCGGUGGAUACCCUGGCGGCGGAUACCCUGGUGGCGGCCGUGGUGGCGGUGGAUACCCUGGUGGCGGCCGUGGUGGAUACCCAGGUGGCGGCCGCGGUGGUGGACGUGGAGGAUACUGCCGCUAUGGUUGUUGCGGCCGCCGCAAUUACUACGGCUGCAGCAGGUGUUGCUACUACAAAGGUGAGGCCAUGGAUAAAGUGACUGAAGGGAAGCCUCAACACUGAUCAUCGUGUAAUAUAUAAAACCUUUGUAAUGGCAAAGCUGUAAUAGUAAUGCUCUUUCUACUUCAGAGCUUGCUGUAUUAAGUAUGAAUAAAAGCCAUUAUCUAAUAUGUUUGUUACACAA